ACACAGAGAGAGAGAGAGAGAGAGAGAGAGAGAGAGAGAGAGAGAGAGAGAGAGAGAGAGAGUAAAAAAAAAGUAAAAACAAAAAGAAGGCAGCGGAGGAAGAAGUGAUAAAGGACACAAGAAGAGGAAGAGGAGAGGGACGAAGUGGUGAUGUGUCGACUGUCGACGAGCGUGUGAGGAGGAAGGGACGGAAGGACAGGUGGUACAGGUGACGCGGCCCCCUAAUGAAUACACAGAUGAUAAGAGAGAGAUCCCAAAUCCUACAAUGAAUUUGGGGGCAUCUGUACGUGUCAACAAGUGUGGGGUGUGUGUGUUGAUGACGUUGAUGGUGAUGGUGGUGUUUCUCUACAAAUAUGGCAACAACACAGAGUUCAAGAGAGAAGUCGUCAGUCUAAGGAGCUUACUGUCAGCAGCUAUUGAUGCUGCCGAACGAGGGGGUAGAGUUGUAUAUGAUGUUCGUGAGGCAGCCACCUUGCAUGAACAGAGCAAGGGUAAGACGAAAGAGGGAGCCAAUGAUCCGGUGACUGAUGGAGACAUUAAGUCCCAUCUUACAAUGUUCUUCUCCCUUCAGAAAUCCUUCCCUGCCAUCAAGAUAAUUUCAGAGGAGCACAGCCUCAGUGAUGUGGAUGUGUCCUCUGUGUCUCCAGCUGCUCUCAUCCAUCCUGAGGUGACGGCAGCUAUAGUAGAAGACCAGAUGGUUCCAGCUGGAGACAUUCGGGUCUGGAUUGACCCUCUGGAUGCCACCCAGGAGUACACAGAAAACCUGAAGGAGUAUGUGACCACCAUGGUGUGUGUGGCAGUGAGAGGACAUCCUACCAUUGGGGUGAUUCACAAACCUUUCAGCAAGUCCACAGCCUGGGCUUGGGUGGGCAAGGGUGUGUCCCCUGCUCUGCGUCAGACAGGAAACCAGGGAGUGAUCAAAAAUGACAUUGCUCGCAUCAUAGUGUCUCGCUCCCAUGCUGGUGAUGUGAAGACAGUUGCCACUGCUGCAUUUGGGGAGAAAACUGAAGUUAUUCCAGCUGGAGGAGCAGGCUACAAGACCCUGGCAGUGGUGGAGGGAAAGGCAGAUGCGUAUGUGCACUCGACAGCGAUCAAGAAGUGGGAUCUCUGUGCAGGGAAUGCUGUACUCUUUGCGCUCCAUGGCAACAUGACGACUCUUGGUGGGGAUCAUCUGGACUAUGGCAGCCAAGAGGAAUAUAAGAAUGAAGGUGGUGUCUUGGCCACACUAACCAAUCACAGUUACUACCUUCAGAAACUCCAGGUUCUUGGGAUUAAGACACCGAAGGCAGGCUAAUAGGUUGAAUGCAAUCAUAUCCAUGGUAUUUAUAUCCCCUAGAUUUAAGGCUGAUACGAGAUAAUCUUUUAUAUUGUUGUAUAUAUUUAUGGUAAAUUAUUUUUAGUUUUUAGUUGAGAUAAUUAUUAUAUACAGAUUGCAGGGUUCUUGUGUUUUCUUGGGCAUAGUACAUCUAUAAUUUUCUUCGUAUGGUUAAUACUGUAUAGAUGUGCCAUAGGUAAGUGAAGACCAAUGCCAGGAGGGUCUACAGAAUGAAUGUUAUUGAUGUUUUAUAUUAAUUUAAUGAAUUUAAUCGUAUUUUAUGCUCAUUUUGUAUUAUCUUGUUAAUCUUUUAUGAUAUUUAUGCUGGCUUUAAAUCAUCUUCAUAAUAUUCUUGGUGUUUCAUGUUAACUCUACUUUGCCCUCACAUUUCAAGCAAUUUAUUCCAUAGGGUUAAUGAAGUGUUGUUGUUGAAUGGCUUCUAGAGGUACAGUAGCCAUGUUGGUCUCCCUUUACCCUCUAUAUGUGGCAUGUGUAUAGCAGGGCAUGGCACACGGGAAAGUGUUGAAUCUCAUGUUUCAUCAGUACUGUGACAUUACCAUGGGAUUGGAAUGGCUUGAUUGUUAAAGGAUGAUUGUUAAAUGGAUGAUUGUUAAAGGGAGUUCAGUUCAUUCAACAUUUCAGCUGCAGCUCAUUAUACCCUGGCAUGAUUCUCUUACAGCUCUCUUAUUUUCCAUCUUCUGUCUUUCAUUUAAUUUUAUUUUCCCUAAAGUCAGGUAUUCAGAUAAAAAUUUUUGUAUCGAAUUUGCUGUUUUGGUACAAUUUUCUGUGUUCUGAAAGAUUUCUGAGCACUGCAAUUCACUGUUAAUUUGUUUGAGCAGUGAAAGACAGUAGCUAACAGUGAAGGUUGUUGUUGAUGUAAGGCUGUUGAGCUUUGAUUUAAUACAGCUUGGUUUAAUGGAAGCUCAUGUAGUUGAGGAUGAGCUAAGUUAUGCCUCAGUGAUCAUCUUGGUAUGAUUGGUAACAUGUUGAACUUGCAUUACCUUGAGUGUCCUGUCAAGAUUCAGAAGAUCUCUCAUGGACAGUUUUUCCUUCCUCUAAAUAAACUUUCCAUGUUUGCAUGAUGCUUCUAAGGAGGUAUUAUACAAUGGCUAGCUGUGAGGUUUUGAAAAGAUGGAUAAUUCAAAUUGUUGGUUACUAAUAGGGAAGGACGUCGCCACAGUUGUAUUGAUUCUAUGACAGAGGCUUAACCUGCAGUGUUUUUGUGCCUAUUUCAGUGGCUCCAUGUAUAGGUUAUUUCCUGACCUUACCUGGUUGACUAGAAUUUUGCACAAUGCCCCAUAUGCUAGCUCCUGUGGUAAAAAUGGGAGGUAGGAGUUCAGAAAGUAUACUUUAGAUGGGGAUGGUCACAUAACCUCAAGAAAAGUAGAAUAUUAUUGAUUUCACUACUGUGAUGAAAAGUUUGAGGGUUCAUGGCAGACUGUCAUCUAUGAGCACUGAAAUGAACACUAUACAUUGAAAAGUCUUGUGAUAGAGCAGUGUCUCCUCUUAGCUGGAAAAUAAGUGUUGAAGAUCAGAUGAUGAUAUCAGUCACAGUGUUGUUGACCCCUUUACCCAUCCAGUCCAACUCUCCAAGUUGAUAUAAAUGUACAAUAAAUAGUGUAUUGUACCUGAUAUUGAAUUCCUCCUAGACUGCACUUGUUAGCAGCAAUCAUGUCAGUAUAUUUCCCAGCUGUCCUCUUUGGUGGUGGUUGACUGCAGCUGUAUAGAACUCUUAUCUUGGCCAUCCUGUUAGGAUUAUAGGAUGUACAAACCUACCAAUACUGUUGUGGUGCAAGUGUUAUUGUCACCUUUGCUUUACCAGGAAGGUGUGGUGAGAUUGGUUACCAGCCCAACAUGUCUGGCCAAGGACUUAGGUAACCUAAGUUAGGGCUGUAUGAUCUUGUGAAUGGGCAUUGAAUAAUGCAGGAAUAAACACAUUUACUUAAAA